AUGACUUCUUCUCUGAUUUACUGUCGCGUGGCUGGCGUGCGAGAAAACGCCAUCGUUACUGACAGUAAGAAUAAGGCCGAUUGUCUGGUUCAUAUCACCAGCAAUGGUGUGGAAAUUACGGCAUCUAACGGCUCGGCUGCGGACAAGUCAGCAAUCCCCAUGUACAGCAGCGCCGUUUUCUAUGAACGCGAGAUGACCACUGAAAAUGCAUUCACUAUUAUGGAUCUCACCGGAGACACAUUCCCUAGUCUUAUGGGUGAUCAUACAUUUGUCAAACCCUAUUCGGCUUUCCAGUCUGUACAGGCCGAACUGGCUCAGAUACAUUCAGCCUUCAACCCAGAGGAUGGAGGCGCCAGCGUGGGCGUCGCUUGA